AUGUUAGCUCUAGAACGGCUCAAGAAGAUAUCACAGAGCAGGUAUGCCAAAUACGUGCGCCAAAUUGAUAUUGGAUUUACUCCGGACAUCGUGUAUGCUGGUGACACCCAGGAGGACUGCGUAAUAUACGUAGAAGAUCUCCAGGGAUUGAUCAGAAGCUAUCUAGCGCGAUUCCCCUGCAUCAAAGCACUCGAAUUCCAUGAGCCACCACCUGCUAUGCACAAAGACUACAUAGCAAUCUAUAUACGCACCGUUGUAUCAACCAUGCGUUAUAUGCCGUUUCCCAGGUUGGAAGAACUGGAUAUCAAAUUCCCCUUUGACAAUGAUUUCAUGUUCUUCGAUCCAGAUCAGCAGUACUUUGAGACGAACUCUUUACGGACUCCCAUCUCCAAGGUGCUGAAACGGCUCCGUCAUCUCAGUCUGCAUUCGUGUGUGUAUUCAGGUGUGUCGGAAGCGGAAGAAUUACCCCAUUCGAAUACACCGGAGUAUGCUACUCUCCCGAACUCCAUUUAUUCCAGCGAAAUGUUCAACAUGAUCGACCAGACCUGGUCACUUGAGUCACUCACUGUAUCGUCUCGAAAUAUUGUGAAAAUCACUGAAGUGCCCACUUUGCACCUAUCUAAAAUUCGAAGUCUCCAUUUCGAAGGACUCGCCGUUUCGCCUGAUGAUCUCCUUGGCCUGAUGGAUCGAUGUCAAGAUACGAUGAGAUACAUCAAUUUGUUCAAUGUCAAACUGAUAGAAAAGACAUGGUAUUAUGCGCUAUUGAGAAUGUGCAAAUUAUCCAAUCUUCUCGACAUUCAGAUGGAACAUUGUGGAUAUUAUUCGCUAGGAGAAAGUGCCCAUCUGGGGCACGAUAUUCCAGAUGAAAACAUCUUUCAGCAGAUUGAAACGAAUAGUCAGUAUGACAGAACCGCUCUGGGUACUUUGCAGAGGCAAGUUAAUAAGAAUCGAGUCGCGGUUGGGUACAAGCCGUUCUCACAUGAGAGAUAUCACUGGUGUCCCGAACUACCUACUGGGCUUGAACGGGAUCCGUAUGAGCGAUCGGACAAUGAAUACUCGUGCGAUGAUAUGUCAGACGAUGAAUACCCGGAACACGAUGUCGAGGUCAAGAUUGAACCCGAUCGUUAG